UCUCUACCCAGUCCUCUUCUCUGACUUGUCCAAACUUCGUGUUUCAAAGUUUGAAGAAAUCCACAAAAUUAUAGAAAUAACAAUGAACAAGUCAAAAUCAAACACACGUUUUCACUUCUAUUUAUCUCUUUCCAGCACUUCAAAAACCUUGUGCAACAUUAAAUAUCUCCAAUCCAAUCCAAUCAAACUCAGAGCAAAACCUUUUCUCUAUUUCUUAGAAUCUGUCAAUAGUUGUUUUGAACGUUUUCCAAUAUGGUUCAACAAUCGCUAAUAUACAGCUUUGUAGCGCGUGACACGGUGAUCCUGGGGGAGCAUACAGACUUCAUAGGAAACUUCCCAGCAAUAGCAUUGCAGUGCCUGCAAAGACUCCCAGCAACCAACACAAAAUUCACUUACAACACCGAUGGUCAUACCUUCAACUACCUCACCCAUGAUGGAUUCACUUACUGCGUUGUGGCAGUGGAGUCUUUUGAUCGUCAUAUUGCAAUGGCCUUUCUUGAUCGCAUCAAGGAGGACUUUACCAAAAGAUAUGGUGGAGGAAAAGCUGCAGCAGCAACAGAUAAAAGCUUAAACAAAGAAUUUGGACCUAAAUUGAAGGAGCAUAUGCAAUAUUGUGUGGAGAAUCCUGAAGAGGUUAGCAAACUUGUCAAAGUGAAAGCUCAGGUUUCUGAAGUCCAAGAUGUUAUGAUGCAAAAUAUUGAUCAGGUUCUUAAUCGUCAGGUGAAGAUUGAUGUUUUGAUGGGCAAAACUGAAAACCUUCGCGAUCAGGCACAAGAUUUCAGGGGGGAGACAGGCCAAUUAAAGAGAAAGAUGUGGUUUCAGAACAUGAAGAUAAAACUAAUAGUUCUUGCCAUCAUAGUUGUCAUCAUUCUUAUAAUUGUUCUUGUUGUUACAUAAUUCAAAUGGUACAUGUUACUUCGGUUGUUAUUAUUUUGUAAUGUAAAACGUGAGUUAGUUAGGAUGUAUAUGGGAUAUUGUAUCAACAAUAUGUUGUGUAUAUAAGUCUUAUUGAAAAGAAGCAUAUGUGUGCAUUGAAUGAGAUUUCUUUUCUUUCUAAUCUCUCACCCCUUUUCUCUUACUUCUGUGUUUCUGUAGUACUUGCUGCAAUGUUGUAUAUGAUUAUGAACAACUGUUUCGUCAACAAUCCGUUUGUUGACAAUCCUCACAUGAUCAUUUUCUAUUUUGAGACCUUGCUCCAAACAUAAGUUUGUGAUUAGGCAUGAAAACAUCAAGUUUUCUAUGAGGAGAUGAGCAUGCUUCUGAACCUCAUCUUAAAUAAUUGCUCCAAAAUUUACUUUUAUCUCCCUACACGAUACAUUGCAAAUUUGCAACACCACCAGCUUUGCCUUGCUCGCAAGUCGGAGGCAAUAAGCAUGAUGCAUAUCUUGAUGAUCUGAUGCCGUACUUUCUCAGAGUUGUAAAGGAGUUUUGUGGUAGGUAUACUACGGAAUCUGUUUGGGACUGUGUUUUUGACUAAGAUGCACACUUCUAACCUUAAAAGCCUCACAGCCAAUACUAAUUAACUUAGUGGUUGAAGUGUUUGUAGGUAUUGUGCAGGUCUUCCACCAAGGCCGGUCAAAUUUCAUCAUCCCAAGUAGUCCGUCGAUAAUAUCGUGAAUUUGAGUUUUAGAUCAGAGAAGUGGACGCUGUUUGUAUGGACACUCAUGCCCACAUAAUAUCUAACAAUUCAUUUGUGACCACAUGCGAGGCACCAGAGGAACUUAACAACGUUCAGUGAGGUUGAGCACGUGUUUCGCAAAUGGGCAACUUCACCACUUUUACAAGUUUCCUGGAGAUAAGCCAUCCACAACACUCCUUAAUAGAAAGCAUAAGAAGAAAUAGUCUGAAGAAGAAGCUUUUGGGACUCCACAUCCUUCUGCAGCAAAGAAGGUCAAGCGGUCAGAAGGCCUAGAGAGCAUUCUGAAGUACACAGGUGAUGCUGAAGGAUCUGGAAAAUAGAAUAAGGAUGCUGAAAAAGAAUUUGUUGAAGUUCCUCCUCCACAGAAUCCAAGUAAGUCCUCUAAUACUGAGACUUCUACUCUUUAUAAUUCUAUUAAUGUUAAUUCUUCAUCAAUUCUUUUCCCAAACUUCACUUUGCCUAUUCAAAACCAGCCUUUUGGUACCGUAACUAAACCCACAAAAGAAACUGAAACCACAAAUAAAUCUAGCCAACAACAACCUCCACCUCCACCGGUCCACCCUCAUCUGAACAUACUCAAUCUGAACAUCCAAACACUCCUGAAACUUCACCCAUGAACACCUCACCUCCUCACUCUAAACAAACUCAUUCACUCGUCUUUGACAAAUUUCUUGAUGACAUAAUUCAAGGAACCCAUGACUCUUCAGAUGAUCCCCCUAUUGAAAAAGAUUUUUUCUCUAAUUAGAAUCCAUUUGUAGUUGACCUCUCUUCUGACCCUGAAACUAGUACACAUUUUAUACACAGUAAAGAGUUUAGAAUAUUCUAUGACCAAGAAUUUCUUAGAACCAAUCUCUAUGAAAAUAUCCCUCUAACACCUUCUUUUGAUGAAGCUUUAAAUGAAAUAGAAUCAAAAGUUGUUGAAAGUCUACGCUGUAUGAGGCAGGUUGUCACAAAUUAUGUUAAUCCUGCUGAAAGUGAUGCAUUAUGGGUAGGGGUGGCAAAAUGGAUGGAUUGGAUGGAUAUGGAUUGGAUUGUUAAUGGAUGGAUGAAAACAAUCC